AUGUUGCGCCGGGCUGUGUUGUUUAUUUUGAUCCUCAUUGCGGUUGUGGCUGCAGCGGUCUCGUCGGAAAAAGUGAGCUACAAAAAGCAUCGGGUCUAUCGAGUGUACCCAACGACCGAGGCUCAAUUGCUACUUUUGAAAAAGCUCGAGGGUAACACCAACGGCGUGUAUUGGUAUUGGAUGCCGCCGAAAGCAUUGAACGAGCGAGUCGAUAUCGUCGUGCCGCCCGACCACGUUGCCGAGUUCACACGCGCCAUGGACGUCGUCGGCUUGGAUUACGAGGUUUUCAUCGACGACAUCCAGCAUCUCAUCGACAACGAAAACUCGUCGGAGGAAAAAGAGGGCUGGAAGAGGUAUCGCACUCUGGAGCAAAUCAACGAGUGGAUGAGCGCGCUCGAACGGCAAUAUCCCGAAAGGGUCGAGUCGUUCGUGGCCGGGCGCACUUACGAAAAUAGGACGAUUUGGGGCUUCAAGCUGAGCUUCGGCGCCCGGCCGAGACCGGGAAUUUUCAUCGAGGGUGGCAUACACGCCUGCGAGUGGAUAUCGCCCGCGACUGUGACCUAUCUGGCCAACGAAUUGCUCACGAGCGAAGACGUCGCGGUGCGUCACUUGGCCGAGUCCUACGACUGGUACUUCGUGCCGAUAUUCAAUCCCGACGGCUACGCGUACACGCACGAGCACGAUCGAUUGUGGCGUAAAACGAGAUCACCGCAAGCGAAUUCAAAGUGCACAGGUGUCGACGCGAACAGAAACUGGGAUUACAAAUGGAACGUUAGCGGCGCCAGCCCGGAGCCCUGCUCCGGAAUUUAUGCAGGAACGAGAGCUUUCUCCGAAAUAGAAACGUUGACGCUAUCCGAGUAUCUCUACUCCGUGAAGGAUAAACUUUUUGCCUACUUGGCAUUUCACAGCUACUCGCAGCUGCUCAUGUAUCCCUACUCGUACACGACGGGAAAUCUCGAGAACUUUGAGGAAUCCAGGGCCAUGAGUCGUCGAGCUGUCGAGGCGCUCGCCCAGAGAUACGGCACCCAGUUCAAGUUCGGCAACGCGGCGGAAACAAUAUAUCUGGCGUCCGGCUGCACCAUCGACUGGGUCAAAGGAGUCCUCGGAUUACCGAUCGUUUUCAUCUACGAGCUGCGAGAUCAGGGUAAUUACGGCUUCCUGCUGCCCGCCGAUCAAAUUAUCCCCUCCGGCCAGGAGGUCAUGGACUCGCUCGUCGCCAUGUUCGACGAGGCUGCUCGGCUCGGAUAUCCCAAACAUCCACCCUUGUAA